AUGAGCGUUGAUGGCGGGGGUUUCAGUGGUGUCGUUCGGAUAUCGAACGUCAGUGACUUCAUCGCUCCGUCAAAGAGCUGUAUAAUCCCGCUGAAUGAAAAUACGCAAACUGUCGCUGUGGAGGAACCAUUGGUGUCAAUUGGUAGAAGAAAACGCGAGAAAGAAACUGAGCCCCACGACGUCAAGAAAAAGGCGAUAAAGGUUACGUUGAACGAUUGUUUGGCCUGCUCGGGUUGCAUUACCUCCGCGGAGACGGUUCUCAUUGAUGCUCAGUCAUUAGCGUCGUUGUUGUCGGGCAUCGAGAAGAGUACACUUGCGGUCAUUACCGUUUCGCCCCAAUCCGUCUGUUCAAUUGCAUCACAUCGUGGGCUAUCGACUGCAGAAGCGGCACGGCGGAUUGCGUCUUAUUUCUUUUCCAAGGGAGUUCGUUUUGUGCUCGACUCAUCAAUUGGCCGAAUUUUUGCGCUGGAGCGUGAAUGUGAGGAAGUUGAGAAUCGAUUGGGCAACGGGCCAGCCAUUCUCUCAUCGAUUUGUCCCGGUUUUGUUUGUUAUGCGGAAAAGUCACAGGGGGACCUCUUGGUGCCGUUGUUGAGCCAGGCAAGAUCGCCACAGGCUGUGAUGGGAGCCCUGGUGAAGAACUAUUUAUCACGCCGCAACAAUACAGCUCCAUCUGACAUUUUUCAUGCAACGGUGAUGCCAUGUUUCGACAAAAAGCUCGAGGCAUCUCGGAAUGAUUUUUUGUUGGAGGGGAAUGUGCAUGAGGUGGAUUGCGUCGUAAGUACAGGCGAACUCGACUCAGUAUUGGACGAAGUUGACAAGCUGUAUGAAAGCGUUGAGCCUGGAUGGUUAGGCGAUUUUGGCAGAGGGAAUUUGCUGGGUGGGCAGGGCGGUACGUCGGGUGGAUACGCUAGCGCUGUGGUCUCUUCUUUGAUGGAACGAAAUCCAAAUCUGCAGGCGGAGAGCAGCCAACCCCAGAAGAAUCUCGAAGUUACCCGGCUCACCGAAGAUGGAAAGAAACCGCUGGUGAUCGCGAAAGUGUACGGCUUCAAAAAUAUUCAGAAUAUGGUGCGAAAGUUGAAAACGCGUAAAUGUGAAUAUGAUUACGUAGAAGUGAUGGCUUGUCCGGGAGGCUGUGGCAACGGAGGCGGCCAAGUUCGGCAGGAAACUGACGCUGAGCGAGAAGCCGCACGCAUUCGGGUCGAGGAAAUGUACGGCUCGCUAAAGGCCGAUGGCUGCGCAACAGAACUCCGACAGUCAAUAGCAACCGAUUGGGGCUCAAUGGAUGAGCGAUGGAGGGAACGUCUCAACACCGAAUUCCGGCCAAUCGUCGCGAAAUCGUUGAACAUGGACUAC